UGGCAUUGCUCUGGAUGCUUGGAUGCUUCCAGUAGGUGAUGACAUUUACCAAAACAGUGUUCAACAACCCCUGCUUUUUAUCAACUCUGAAAAAUUCCAGUGGGCUGAUAAUAUCUUGAAGAUGAAGAAGGUUGGUUCCAAUGAUACAAACAAGAAAAUGAUCACUAUCAAAGGGUCAGUACAUCAGAGCUUUCCUGACUUUACCUUUGUGAGCGGAGAACUCAUUGGAAGAUUUUUCAAACUGAAAGGAGAAAUAGAUCCAAACGAAGCUAUUGAUAUUAGCAAUCAGGCUUCAUUAGCCUUCCUGCAAAAACACUUGGGUCUGAAUAGAGACUUCAGUAAGUGGGAUUCUCUUGUGGAUGGCAUAGGACCCAAUGUUAUUCCUGGCACCAACAUUGAUUUGUCUCCAGCUCAACCUGAAUAACUAAUGCAAAGACAUUUGCUACAAAUCU